UCAGGAUUGUUAUUUCCUCGUUCUUAUUGUACAUAUCUAAAGCAAUAAAACGGCGCAGGAAACGAAGGGAGAUUUGGAAUUGUGAAUUGUAAAGCAAACAGACAAACAAUUUCCUGUUUCUUCCCGGGAAUCCGAGGACCUGUUCCGAUGUGGUGACACUGUCUGGCGCUCCGAAGCGCGAGUGAGAAAAUAGACAGAAAGCCACUACCUCAUCUUGCCUGUAAAAAGUAAGCCCUCCAGGCCAAUUAAUUAAUUUUCUUUCCCGCGUGGCGACGCCAAUCAUAGGGCCAAGAAUGAAACUCCGGCGUAGCAUCAGCUCGUGCAUUCUUGCCGCAGCCACCACUGUUAUAGCGACGAACCCUUCUGUCAAUCUUGGAUACGCUACUUAUGAAGGUUAUUAUAAUGAUACAUUUGGACUCAAUAUUUGGAAGAGUGUUCGAUAUGCAGCGCCGCCAGUUGGAAAGCUGAGAUGGCAGGCUCCUCAACCUCCUGUCUGGGAUAAUAAUCGAUCUACCCCAGCUGUUGAUCAGCCACCAUUAUGCCCGCAAACUGGCGCUUUUGGUGUCCCUGCCGCCUAUGGGUUUAAUUCCGGGCCUGGCGAUGAAGACUGCCUCUAUCUCAAUGUUUACGCAGCUCCUAAUGCUACCAAUUUGCCUGUCUUACUUUGGAUACAUGGGGGUGGCCAUUCUGUGUUCGGUGCCACAUACGACCCAAGCGCCUGGAUUAACACCAACAAAAAUGAGUUUAUCGCCGUCGAGAUCCAAUAUCGUUUAGGCGCAUUUGGGUAUCUUGCCUCAGACGAAGUGAAAACAAAUGGUCAACUCAAUGCUGGCCUUUUGGAUCAGCGAUUCGCUCUUGAAUGGGUCCAGGAACACAUUUCUAAAUUUGGCGGCGACCCAAGUCGCAUUACGGUUGGAGGCGAAUCAUCAGGUGCUGGGUCAAUCCUGCAUCAUGCCCUGGCUUACGGAGGCAAGGAGUCGAAUCUCUUCAACAACAUUAUCGCUGCUAGUCCAUAUCUUCCACCGGUGUAUAGGUAUAAUGACACGGUCCCGACGGAACGCUAUAACAAGUUCGUCGAAUUAGCAGGAUGCUCCUCUAAGUUUAGUAACCAUUCAAGUACUUUUGAGUGUCUAGUCGCCGCCGAUAGCGCUGUGUUGCAGAAUGCUAGUGGCAUUGUUUCCACGACUCUAGGCUACUUCGGUAGCUUCGCAUUCUUACCUGUCCUUGACGACGAUUACAUACAAGAACUGCCAUCAAUCCAAACUUCGAGUGGGAAAAUCAAUGGGAAACGAGUCCUUGUCGGUAACAAUGCAAACGACGGGGUACCUCUAGUCAAUCCCGAUGUAAACACGCGGCCUAAGUAUGACAGUUUCAUCUCAAAUACGUUUCCGUUAUUCACGACGGAUGAUGUGACAACACUGAACAAGGUGUACCAAAUCGAUUCCUUACCAAGCGAUGACGGAAUCCGAUACGAUACACUCGGCUUCACCGGCCCAACAGCGUUGUACAAAUCUGGGAUGGCCACAGGCAUACAGCAAGCCGUCUUCAACAUGGCAGCCGAGACAACAUUCGCGUGCCCGGCGCAGUGGUUCGCCGAGGCAUUCAGUGCGACUUCCCGACAAGCCUGGAAAUACCAAUACUCGGUGACUCCCUCGUAUCACGGCGCUGACUUAGGCGCAUAUUUCUCCGUCGACGCGACAUUACCUAACAAGGACUUCGCGCAUGCGAUGCAGAAGAUUUGGGGAAGUUUUAUCAUCCACGAUAACCCCGUAAUCUCGAUCUCCGACGCCACUGCAAAUUAUACUAAUGCGAGCGUUCCGAUCGGUACGUAUGGCAAUAUCGAGUGGCCGGAAUUCACGCUGCAGAAUCCCGUGCAGAUGAAUCUGAACACCACAGGUGGAAAUGUAACUACAGUCACAGUGCCUCCUUACUUAGAUUACUUCGUGAGGAGCGGGGCUGGUAUCGUGAAUGAUUUCAACCUCACCGAUGCAUUGACAUGGGAAGGCGGUCGAGGCGAACGCUGCGGAUUCUGGCGCAUGGUCUCGGAGAGGGUUCCUCAGUGACACGUCGGAUUCGUUAGAUUGUUUUCAUGUUGUACAUAUAUAACUGUAGCCUGCCGUAAUUUGUUAUAAACGAGUAGACUUUAUUGACCUAUACUUUUCAUAUAAUGAAAUAGAAAUAUUAUGGAUUUGAGAUGUUAGAAAUUAAAGGAAACAAACAGAUCGAAAGAGGCGGUUAUUCGUAGAAACUUGAGUUGGGUCGUACCAAUAAAUUGGUGGGCGUAACGCCUCGAUGCCUGAGCUGUAAAAAAUAGUUUCCUGAAUAUUGAAAUCAUCGCAAACGGGAUAACAUAACCAAAAGAUGAAACUGCUGGUUUUUAAAAAAGAAAAAAAUUAAUAAUAGA